AUGUUGUUGAUAAGACUUGUUCUGACGAAGCUUGCUGACAGACCAAAUUGUGACCGUGGCGGGUUCUCUGAACUUCAGGACAAUCGGCACAGUUUGGCAAUCUUCCACCGAUUCGAUACCCACAACCAUAAUCCCAUUGCAACCAACUGUGACCGUGGCGGGUUCGAUAACCUCAGCACAAUCGGCAUAAUGGGCUCUGAGGUGGGAGGAUUCAUGGGAGGGUUGAUGGGGAUGAAAUUCCGACUGCAGAGGGUUUGA